CCCAUACUGAGACACCAAACCCACAAGAAGAAGCAGAGCAAUUUGCAAAACAAACCAAGGAGGCGAUCGAACUCUGCUGCUAGCGGCAAUGGCCACUAAGAUCUACAUCGUGUACUACUCAACCUGGGGACACAUUGCGACCCUGGCGGAAGAGAUGAAGAAGGGCGCCGAGUCCGUCCCCGGCGUCGAGGUCACCGUCUGGCGGGUGCCCGAGACGCUGCCAGAGGACGUGCUGGGGAAGAUGCACGCAGCGCCUGGGCGUGAGGAUCAUCCCGUCAUCACGGCGAGGCAGCUGGCCGAGGCCGACGGCAUCCUGUUCGGCUUCCCGACACGGUUCGGCAUGAUGGCGGCGCAGAUGAAGGCCUUCUUUGACUCCACCGGCGGCCUCUGGCAGGCGCAGUCCCUCGCCGGCAAGCCCGCGGGCGUCUUCUUCGCCACAGGCACCCAGGGCGGCGGACAGGAGACCACAGCUCUCACGGCCGUGACGCAGCUGACGCACCACGGCAUGCUGUUCGUGCCCGUCGGAUACACGCACGGCGCGGGCAUGUUCUGCAUGGACGAGGUCAAGGGCGGCAGCCCGUACGGAGCUGGCACCUUCGCCGGCGCCGAUGGCAGCAGGGUACCCAGCGACGCCGAGCUCGCCUUGGCGGCGCACCAGGGGAAGUACUUCUCUGGCGUCACCAAGAAGCUCAAGGCCGUCUGAAGUCUGAUCGCCAGCCUCACGAUAAUGCAUGCGAUCUUGAGUGCAAGAUGAUUUUACACAGUCGUGAAACAAUUUAAGCUGUAAUGAUUUAAUUUCUUGUUUGGAAAUAAUAACGUGAGAAUUUAUUCUGUGUGCAA